UUAUAUAAGUAGCACGUUUAAUUUAGAGGAGGUUUUGUAUGUGGACACGGUGUUACUUUUGUGUUAGUAGUGUGGCUUUCUUUUGUUAAGCAUACUUUGAGAUAUGUCAUGGAUAAUGAAGAGGCUCCAUCUAAUUUUCAUUGCUUUGGUUCUUUGGGGAAAUGCAAAUAGAUUUGGAGUGUGGAACAGAACCUUUGUUGUGGGUUGGCAAGCUGUAGAUUUUAAUACCACGGGGGACCAAAAUUUUCAGCUUGCUACACGUGUUCAACCUUUUGAGCUACUGGCUAGAAAAAGUGCAAAUGGAAAUGCUGUAGGAGGAAAUUCAGAAAGUCUUCUGCUUGCUUCUGAAGUCCAAACUGCUCAACAUGAUUCUAGUUUUGUUCAGUCUUCUGUUGAAAAUUCUAAUAGUCAAGCUGCUACUACAAACCAAAACCAGGACAAGGCUGAGGUGUCAACAUCAAAGAUCUACUGGUUUGAUUCUCUAAAGACUGAAAGUACUGGCACUUUGCUCUCUCAAGCUCAGUCUGCAGCCACACCAAACCUGGCAUAUGGAUCCCAAACCCAUUCAACAUAUGAGGCUCACUCUACAAUACCUGUUUCUGCUUCUACUUCUCAAGCACAGUCUGUGGGUGCUUCAACAUUGUAUCAAGGUUUAACCUCUGGCAGGUAUUUGCCUCCAUUGUCCCAGAGCAUUCCAUCCUCCUCCCAGUCUGUGGUCAGUACAAACCAAAUUACUGGAUUCCCAAACCAGACCUCAUACCAGCCUAGCACCACAACACAGGUUUCAGCAGGUCAAUCGGUUUCUACUGCUCAGGCACAAUCCACAUUGUAUCAAGGUUUAACAUCUGGCAGGUAUUUGCCUUCACUGAACCAGAGCAUUCCAUACUCCGCGCAGUCUGUGGCCAGUACAAACCAAAUGUCUGGAUUCCAUUGGCCUAGCACCACAACACAGGUUUCAGCAGGUCAGUCUGCUUCGUCGCAGGCACAGUCCAUGGGUGCUUCAACAUUGUAUCAUGGUUUAACCUCUGGCAGGUAUUUGCCUCCACUGAACCAGAGCAUUCCAUCCUCCUCCCAGUCUGUGGUCAGUGAAAACCCUAUAUUUGGAUUCCAAAAUCAGACCUCAUACCAGCCUAGCACUACUACACAGGUUUCAGCUGGCCAAUCUGUUUCUGUGUCCCAGGUGCAGGGUAGCUAUGGGGCUGAAACAUCAGGACAUACUAAAUGGUAUAACAUUUUACCUGGUCAGACGAUUCCAUCCUCUUCCCAAGUGUCUGAAAUCCAGAGGCAGUCAUUAAACCUACCUAGCUCUGCACCAGUCUGGGCAGGUCAGUCUACUUCUACAUCUCAAGCACAGUCCACGGGUGCUUCAACAUUGUAUCAUGGUUUAACAUCUGGCAGGUAUUUGCCUUCACUGAACCAGAGCAUUCCAUACUCCUCCCAGUCUGUGGCCAAUACAAACCAAAUGUCUGGAUUCCAUUGGCCUAGCACUACAACACGGGUUUCAGCAGGUCAGGCUGCUUCAUUUCAAGCACAGUCUGUGGGUGCUUCAACAUUGUAUCAAGGUUUAACAUCUGGCAGGUAUUUGCCUUCACUGUCCCAGAGCAUUCCAUCCUCCUCCCAGUCUGUGGUCAGUACAAACCAAAUUACUGGAUUCCCAAACCAGACCUCGUACCAGCCUAGCACCACAACACAGGUUUCAGCAGGUCAAUCUGUUUCUACUGCUCAGGCACAAUCCAUGGGUGCUUCAACAUUGUAUCAAGGUUUAACAUCUGGCAGGUAUUUGCCUCCACUGUCCCAGAGCAUUCCAUCCUCCUCCCAGUCUGUGGUCAGUGAAAACCCUAUAUUUGGAUUCCAAAAUCAGACCUCAUACCAGCCUAGCACUACAACACAGGUUUCAGCUGGCCAAUCUGUUUCUGUGUCCCAGGUGCAGGGUAGCUAUGGGGCUGAAACAUCAGGACAUACUAAAUGGUAUAACAUUUUACCUGGUCAGACGAUUCCAUCCUCUUCCCAAGUGUCUGAAAUCCAGAGGCAGUCAUUAAACCUACCUAGCUCUGCACCAGUUUGGGCAGGUCAGUCUACUUCUACAUCUCAAGCACAAUCCAUGGGUGCUUCGACAUUGUAUCAUGGUUUAACAUCUGGCAGGUAUUUGCCUUCACUGAACCAGAGCAUUCCAUACUCUGCCCAGUCUGUGGCCAGUACAAACCAAAUGUCUGGAUUCCAUUGGCCUAGCACUACAACACAGGUUUCAGCAGGUCAGUCUGCUUCAUCGCAGGCACAGUCCAUGGGUGCUUCGACAUUGUAUCAAGGUUUAACCUCUGGCAGGUAUUUGCCUUCACUGGACCAGAGCAUUCCAUCCUCCUCCCAGUCUGUGGUCAGUGAAAACCCUAUAUUUGGAUUCCAAAAUCAGAACUCAUACAGGCCUAGUACCACAACACAGGUUUUAGCAGGUCAGUCUGUUUCUACAUCUCAAGCACAGUCCAUGGGUGCUUCGACAUUGUAUCAAGGUCUAACUUCUGGCAGGUAUUUGCCUUCACUGGACCAGAGCAUUUCCUCCUCCUCCCAGUCUGUGGACAGUACAAACCAAAUCUCUGGAUUUAACCAGCCUAGCACUACAACAGCAGUUUCAGCAGGCCAGACUGCAUUUACAUCUCAGUCAGAGUCCAUUGGGGGUUUAUUGGGUCAAGGUCUAACCUCUGGCAGGUAUUUGACUUCAUUGGCCCAGAGCAUUCCAUCUUCCUCCCAGUCUGUGGUCAGUACAAACCGAAUCUCUGGAUGGCAGAAUCAGAUGACCUACCAGCCUAGCACUACAACACAGGAUUCAGAUGCCAAUUCUGUUUCUAUAUCUCAUGGUAGCAAUGGGGCUGAAACAUCAGGACAUGCCAAUUGGUACACAAGUUUACCUGGGCAGACUCUUGCAUCCUCCUCCCAAGCGUCUGAAAUCCAGAAGCCAUCAUUAAACCCACUGAUCGCAAAACAACUUUGGGCAGGUCAGUCUGUUUCUAUAUCUCAGGCUCCUUUCCAGCACACAUUGCCCCAGUAAUGCUGCAACUCUGGGCCCUCCCAAGCAGCUCAAAUGUGCUUUAAAUAUUAAGUGCUGCCAUUACUGAAGACUGCUGAUCUCUGAAUAUUUCCUCAUUUGUGGUACAUUAUUGGUUACUUGGAUGCUUGUCUGAGUAUUUUGUAAUAAAUGGAGAAUGCCCAA